AUGCGCUGCCGUAGGCUAUGCGAGCGCAAGCCGAGUGGACGCCAACAUGUUCCCGAGGCAAUCGUUGCCGAGUACAAGGAGGGCGGAGAACGACGCGAGGUGCUCGAAAUGGCCCUGCUUGAGUCUCUUGCACGUCAUGGACUCAACAGAUCAGCUUACAAGAGGGUGAAGGGUGAGUUUGUGACGAAGUGCAAGAUCAUCAAGGAGCGUAUGGAACAGAAGGAGUCCGAGACCGUAGGCAAGUGGAUGACUGAGGAGGCCAUGAAAAAGUCCGGCCUCUUCAGUGCCACUGCUAUCAAGAACAUCAUUAAGUAUUGCCAGAAAUUCCCGGAGUCUUUGAUUAGACCUUGGCGGUACAACGAAAGCAUUCCAGAGUACUUCGUGGUAGUCGAUGACCAAAGCUCUUGGAAGAAGACAGACACCACGAUUGAGCAAGAGGAGACUGAGCUGAAGGCAGCUCAGCAGACAUUAUAG